CACUACGCCAGUCGCAACGGGCAUUAUGACACCUGCCUUUUCCUCCUGGGCCAUGGAGCCUCCUGCAAUGUCCGCACCCAUGGCGGGGCCACCCCGCUGCAUCGAGCGGCUUACUGUGGUCACAGAGCAAUAGUCAAGCUGCUGCUGGACCACGGAGCUGAUCCGGCUGCCAAGGAUGACGAUGGGAAGACCUGCCUCCACAAGGCAGCAGAGAAUGGGCACCAGGAACUCUGUGAGCUUAUCUUGGAGUGCCACCCUCAGCUGAGGCACAUGCAGGACAACAGCCAGAGACGUGCUGGUGACUUGGUUCCUGCCAGGAAUGAAGGCUUGCGGAAGAAACUUUUAGAUUUGUGAUUUGUUCCUUGAAAAACCUGCCUGUUCCUUAAGCCAAACGUCCAUGUUGCGUCUUCUCUUCUGAAAUUACACAGGAGCAGCUGAACUGAAUUCAGUUUCUAACUGUGUUUUCCCCAAAAUAAGACCUCCCCAGAAAUAAGGCCAAGCUCUUAUUUCAGGGCUCA